ACGCCGACUGCCAGUACCAGAGCUAAUCAUAUGUAAAUGUUGAAAUGUGGCUAAAACCAUCGUAUUAGCAAACAACUUCGGGAUACACUUACACUUACAGUAACAGUAACUUACUCUUAGAUGCGCGAAGUCUUCGCUAUUUGAGGCUUAUAAUGUAGUUUCGUGUUGUUAACCCGUGACCACUUGUUUCAUAUGCACCUAGUAUAAAUUUCGAUGUCACAAGAAGUGUAAUAUUUGUGCUGAUUUUUCAUAUUCGUAUAGUUGUUUCCUACUUGAUUAAGUAUAAGGUUUUAGAUUAUAGUUAACCAUUUGAUAUGUAUUAUAUAACAUUCUUAUUGGUUUCGUGGCUGUUAAUUGGAAAAGCAUCAUCAGCAGAGAAACUCAGCAAUGUAUUGAAAGAAUAUGAUCAAAAAAUUUGUAAAAAUGAGCCAUCAUGUCAUCUGAGCAACCAACAAAAUCUGCCAAAAAAUCGUCGUACUCUCGACGGACGAGAUUGUAUGUGCGAUUUCGAAUGUGUUGAAUAUAACGACUGCUGUAAAGAUUCUGAAUUUUAUGGCGCAGACACUCGUAGCGGAAAAAGCUACACUUGUUCUUCAAGUUCGCAGGUUUAUCAGAUCACCAGUUGUCCUCCCGAAUACCAGAAUCAAGCGGUCGUAGCGAAAUGUCUAGCUUCUCCUCCACCUUUGGACGGUCCCGAUAAUUCCAUAAUUCGCCCAGUAACCAAUCCAAAAACACGUAUCACCUACGGAAACGCAUAUUGCGCACUUUGCAACAACGACCUCAACGACGUAAUGCUUUGGAAUCUUUCGGCAAGAUGUGGAGAAGCACCAGCAGGAUAUUUCGAUUCGCAAAACCGAAUUUUCGAAACUUCCGAAAACAAUAACGAAGUUUACGCUCCACCAAGAUAUGCCAAACCUUAUUCGAGACCAUCAUUUCUAUUCGGUCUAAAUCAAGGCAAUCCCAUUCGUUUCUUAAGUCCUACUCUUAAACCACCUUACAACAUCAAUUACAACCGUCGUAAACGCGAACAAAUCAACAUCGAUUUCAAUAGGAAUCGAAAAGAUUUGGACAAUAUUUUGGAAAAUGUUCGUUACGAUAGCAAUUCCAGACGUUUUGUAAGUCAGUACAACGGUAAAAAUUUCAUCUGCGAGUUUGCAUCUGUACUCCCUAAAGAGUUGGAACUUUAUGUAAGAAAAUGUGUUACUGAUAUGGUAUCAACGUGUCCACCUUAUUCCGAUCCAGAAAUCGCUAAAAAGUGUUUGGAGGAAACCUCCAUCACGUAUGAAAAAGCAUCGAAGACAGCGUACAAGAAUAAAUACUGCGCUAAGUGCAAUGAUGUGCCAGAAAUUAGUCUAACAGGAUGCCCACAAGGUGAACGACAGGCAGCUUCGUCAUUGUUUAGUACUAGUGAUAAAGGAAGUGCACCUCCGUGCGAUACCCCCGAAUUAAAGAAGAAGUUUUGCUCUUAAUUAAACUUAAGUACUACAAUAUUUUUAUUUGAGAUAAAAUGUGAGUCUGUGUUUCCAGUUUUGUUAAUAAAAUGUAUUUUUUCUAUUUUUCGACCAA